CCGCUCCUCCGCUGCUCGGUUUGUUUUCCGGGUGAUGCUGCUCUUCUCUUCAAAGCAGAGGAAAGUCGGGGGCUCAUGUGUCAACAUCCAGGGUUUCCCCGGGGAGGCGUAGCGUUAACGUUAUUCCAAAAAACCUGAUAUUCCUUUGAAGGGGCUUUUUGUUUUUCCUUUAUUGUUCCACAUCCUCGGAGGCGGCGGUUUGUCCGACGGCGAGCACCGCAAGACGAUCUUCGGCUCCCGCUGCUUGGACGUUAGCUAACGUUAUUUUAAAGGAUGACAGAGUACAAAGUGCGAAUAGCGUCUCCAAUCAUUUAAUAAUAUCUGGGGACCUGUUAGCCUAGCCAGCUAGCCUGGUACUUCGAUUAGACCAAGGGAACACGGCGAAACACACUGCUGACAUGAUGUUUCCUCAAUCCAGGCACUCGGCGUCCUCUCAGUCCGGUCAACCUCUCAAGUUCACCACUUCUGAUUCCUGUGACCGCAUUAAAGAUGAGUUCCAGUUCCUCCAAGCACAGUACCACAGUUUGAAGUUGGAGUGUGAUAAACUGGCCUCUGAAAAGUCUGAGAUGCAGCGUCACUAUAUCAUGUACUAUGAAAUGUCCUACGGGCUGAACAUUGAAAUGCACAAACAGGCUGAAAUAGUCAAGAGACUGAAUGGAAUCUGUGCUCAGGUGCUGCCUUACCUGUCACAGGAGCAUCAACAGCAAGUCAUGGGCGCCAUAGAGAGAGCCAAGCAGGUCACACCUCCUGAGAUGAACUCCAUCAUACGGCAACAGCUCCAGGUGCAACACCUGUCCCAGCUCCAGGGCCUGGCCCUGCCGGUGACCCCGCUGCCCCUGGGACUCACCCCACCCACCCUGCCCGCCGUCUCCUCCAGCUCCGGCCUGCUGUCCCUCUCCUCCAUCCUGGCCAACUACUCCCACGGCCAGCCCCAGGUGGCGAAGGAGGACAAGGCCAGAGACGCUGCAGAGAGGGCGCCCAGAGGGGAGGACGGGGACAAGUCAGACUAGCGCAGACACAGGAGGAGGUUUGGAGGAGGGUGGCGUGGGGGUGUCAUAGGUGUCGAAAAAAGAAAGGUUAAACUGUAACUGUAAAUGGAUAUUGAUGUAAGUCUGGCUGCCUGUCUGCUGAGUGUCGAUGUAGAAGAGUAACUGCAGGGAUGAUGACGAGCAAAGAGGACGGAACGGAAACUUUUUUUUGGAUGUGCAGAGGAUGAAACUCCUGAAUGACUGAGAGUUAAAUGUUCUUAUUAUUUAGUGGUAAUAGACACGGUUCAGGCUUCUAGACUUUAAAUAGACGCUUUUUUAGUGUAAGCCAUUGUUGUUAGGCUUAACCAAGAUAAAUGUUUUCCCAUUUGGAGAGAGAGAGAGCUGAGGAUGAAACCUGACUGCAGUCUCCUGUACAUGGAUCUGCCUCUCACAGAUUUAUUUUUCUGACUUCUUUUUGUUUUCAGAUCUGUUUAUUUUCUCUGUAGUCCCUCUGAUUGUUUCCUACUGGCUGCUGUCUGCCAGUUACAAUAAGCAAUUUUAACAACAUCUCAGUUCCCUAUAACUUCUUUCCCUUGUAGAAUAACUCUAUCAGCUGUUUUUCCAAAAUGGAAAAUGUUGAAUGGAGCUUUCUGGUCAGUGAUACCAUUAAUUCAUGCUCUCGGAGCCAAAAUAAGCCUGGUGAGACGUGUAAUGUUGUAAAGGGACAUUUCACUUGCCAGGUGCAUUGAAGCCCUUCGAUUAUAAAUCACCUGAUUUGUCACAGUUUUUUGCGUUUAUGAACAACCACUGGAUGCAUUACCUGAGUUGCGUACCUCAGUUUCAGAUAAAUGGGAUUUUAUUCCAUUAAACUCUAUAGUUUGUACAAAUGGUAAGAUUACCCAGCUUGGGAGUUAAUUUGUGUUUCGUAGGCCUAGCUGCUGCUGCUAUGUGCGCUACAUUGGAUGGACCAUGACUCGUCUUUAAAUGACAAGAAUUAAAGCUCUGAAAAAAAAAAACAGAUUUUAUUUCGACAUGUUUUCAUGAAGUAAGACAGGCUGUAAUUAGACCUUAAGAGGUGUCUGUGUGUUUGAGUGAAUGGGACUGGAAAUAAGAAAACACUUGUUUAAUUUAACUUUUCUUUUCUUUCUUUAAGCACCUUUUGUAUUUUCCUCAUCCACCCCACUCUUCCCUGCUUGUGACCUUCCCCACUCUGGUCCACUCUUAAACAAAACUUGAACAGGAUCUAAAUUUCAGAACCGGGUGGUUGUGACAUGCAGAGCAGUACUGUAUUUCUCUAAGUUGUCAGAGUUCUUCAGUUUACACCGAGACCGUAUCAAACACCUGUCUUUUCCUGUUUUAUGAGAUUUGUGUGAUUGUAAGGAGAAGCUCCAUGUUUAAUUUACCAGUUCAUUCGAAGAAUCUGUCCUGGGUGAGUUGCUAAAGCUCUAUAAGAGACAACAUCACAUUUUAUUACAACCAGAAUUUGUGUAAGUGAGCAAAUAAUUGGCCCCAUUUUCAAAAACUAUAUAAGCUGUGUCCCACCACAUACUAAUUCCGUUACCUAUAUAUCAUCUUGAUAACAUACUGUACUGUAAUGUACUGUUGUGUUCUAAUAGGAAAUAACAUAUUUUGUUCUGAGCCUUCUCACCAUCAUCUUUAUAUCCACCUGUUACCAGCUGCCAUGUUUCCUUUGCGCGCUGCGUUGUAGGACAGUAGUGUCUGCCAUACGACUGAAAAAUCAACACUUCAGUCUGAAUCCUGAUGAAUUAAGCUCAGGGCUUGACAGUAAUUUUGCUAUUUCACCUGUACUUUAUCACCUUAGGACAAUACGGACGCAGACGUUGCAGUUGCAUCAUAAACACCUUAACCGUGUGGCUCAUAUUCUCUCAUAUUCAUACAUUCUAUAUUGUUAUAUUUCAUGAUAUCAGUAUGCUAUUGUUUUACAAAUGUAUCCGUCAUUUAUAGUUUAUUUUUUACAUAUAACACAUUGGAUCUCAUGGAAUGUUCAACAGUAAUAUCGGGGUUGUUGUUUUUUUACGGUAUAUGUGAUUUUUGCAUACAGUCACCAUAUCAAUGUUAGUAUUGGACAAUAGCUAUUUUUCUAUAUUUAGCCAUAUUUCUCAGCUCCAUUUGAGCAUAAAGAUUUUUCACUUUUUUAGGCCUAAUAUAGCUCAAUAUAAAACUAUACUAAUGUAACUUAACUGGAGGUCUAAGUAGAGAUUUAAAAGUCUGAAAACAGGCUCAAACUCAAAACAUGCUUUGUGCAUAAUAAGGGUUCAGGACACCAGUUUACCAUUUGUAGAGUGCUCAGACUGGAGAAGUGAAAAAAUGAAGUAUACUCAAUACAGCCUGCUUGAUUUUUGAAGGUUUUGUUGGUUAUUUCUGAUCUCCCACAGUGCAGUACAUGCAGAAAAUGCAGCAGCCGUUUACAGCUGGAGAAAAGAAAAACAAAUUGUUGAACACAUACAUAUUUCCAUCUCUUAAGUUAAAGGUUUUCUGGGUAACAUUCAGAAAACCAUUAUUAAUGACACGGAUAGCCAUUAUUUAACUACGGUUAUGUCUUUACCCUGUUGUGUCUUUUCAUGAAUCAGACGCCCUGCCAGUGUUGACCCUAGUUUUCCCUCGACAUCGGUCACACUCCCAUUUGGCCAGACGGGCUUCCCUAGAUAAAAGUUUUUUGUUCCUUUGUGGAGUUUACGCUGGAAUCUGUGUUGUGCUGGGAGCCAGUCCUUUGUUGAUGUUAGCAGAGUCUACUUCCAAGUCAGCGCUAGGUUGUGUUGCACACUGUUGGCAUUGGGGGGAGAGGAAGAACAGCACUGAGGCAACGCACUCACGAGUGAGCAUAAACAUCCCAUCCUUUGGUUUUCCUCGGAAAAUUCAUCCGCUGACCUCCACUUAGACAGCCGAGGAAGGUCUCCUUUUUUUUAAGUUACUGUGUUGCCACAUCAGUGAAUACAAAAGGGAUUAUUACAUAUAAAUUGCUUCACAUUCUUACACGUAGUGCCUUUAAAUUUGCAGUUGCAUUAAAAAGUCACUGUUGAACUGACAUCUAGUGGGUUAGAUGUUUUAUUUAGUAUAAAACUGUUGAGGAUUUCUUGUCUACCACCUGCAAAAGCUGUAUUCAUAAUGCUUGCAGUUAGUCUGGAAGUGGGACACAGCUGAUGGUUGAGAAAUGUCCUCAUUUAGGCAGCAGAGGGCAGCAGCGCUCUUUCACCGAUUAUUAAUGCUAAUGCAGGUGAAUGCAAAGCAUCCUAAAGCUCACAAUGGCUUCAUUGUUUUCUCUCUUCCCUUUUUCAUUUCCUGCUACGGGCCGACCACAGGUACACCGCAGACGUCACUCCCCUGUAGCCUGCUCCAGAGCUUUGGCAACUUAACCUUUAACGUCUGAGCAAGUCCGAAAUCAGAGCUUAAACCUUUCCUCUGCAUUUUAAUUUGAAAAGCACUUAAGUUGUGGCUCAAUGCUCUUCUGUUUUUCUUCUUCCUGUCUGUGCUAGUGUUGGGGAGCUGAAGAGUUUCCCUCCCUAGAGAUUCUGACUUUAAUAUAUCGAGCGCGAGAACAGAUCAGUUAGUCAUUUGCACUCUUUAUACUGACGUCGGUCUCUAUAGAAAAAAACCUCCUUUGGCAAAACUCAGACAUGUGAAUGGUAUGUGUGUUUGUUUUGCUGUGAAGGGCCAAUUUGUAUACAUAUGAAUAUAUCAAUAUACAUAUUUUUUAAAGCAUUUUUGUAUGUUUCAAAGCUGCUUUUUAAUGUGUGUGUAUCAUGGAAGACUUUGGUGUUGUAUGUGUGCAUUACAAGCCUACAGUAAGAGAGGCACAAUGUUGUAUACCAUGUCGUUUUUUCCUGUUUUUUCUCUCCAAUUCAUUCUCUCAGUAGGCUGUAACACUUAACAUUGUUUUCUAGGUUUGUAAAUGUUUUAUCCUUUUUUGUGCAAACGAAAAACAGUUAAAUGUGUUUAUGAACACGGUCUCAUUUUAAAAAAAAUACCUGGGGCAAAAAAAACAAAACAAAACAAAAAAAACUGAACAAAGAUGUAAACAAGCAACUGUGUACUCUAAUGAGAAUGAAUCAACCUUUUAGCAGUAAGGAAGCUUCUCUGGUGCCUUACAAAUAAAAGAUGUGAUUGAGAGUG